AUGAGGUUCCUUUUGGUACCGGCCAGAUGCCGUAUAUCAAUCAUUCCAAAAUUGGCAUUCCCCAGAAUAUCAUUUUACAAGAAUUAUUCAUUCACACCCGAGACUACUCUAAAUCGUAGAGGUGACAUAGAAACACCUAAUCCGAGACUCAAAAUCUUGGAUAAUUUUGAUCCUGAAAACAAACCAAAUGAAACGUCUGCUGUUUAUACGAGAUUUGGCUGGUUUUACAUCCCCACAGAAUUCUAUUUAGAUGGGAAAAUUGGUGUUGAAAUACAAAAUUCGUUGGAUGACAACGGUGUGACUUCCCAAACACCCAAGUCUGAAAUUCAAAGAUUGAUUUUGGAAUGGUGUAGAGACCAACCUUAUGAGACAAAGAAGAAGUAUACGAGAAAAAGAGCUUCAAAAAAGGAAGCUCCUGAAGUGAUAUUGGACAGAUUGUUUAACGAUGCUAAAAAUGGGUCCGUGGGGGAACACAAGCAUGAACCAACUGUGGAAGGUUUACCAUAUGAAAUUGAAAAAGCUAUGCUUAAAGUUACAUCUAGAAGUGUAUUUGCCAAAUUUGAUGAAAGUACAGGCAAAUAUGAAAUUAAAGGAGCCAUAACUCAAGGUGCUGCAUACCAAUACUACCUAUCGAAAGAAUGGAAUCACUUCAGGGAUCUGUAUAUAACUAUAAAAAAAACUAGAGAAGCAUUAGGAAAGGCUUGGAAGAAUAAAACACCAGAGGAGAGGGAAGCAAUGAGACUAGAAUUUUUGGAGAUGUUGAAAAAUGGGAAAGAUCUAGUUGCUGGGAAAAUUGUCCCAUUAGAAUUAAGAUUGACUAAAACUGUUUUCAAUGAUGGAUAUAGACUUAGAGUUCGUUCUGACUAUACUAAAUAUCUUCUGAGACUCAAAAAUAUUCCAAUUAGUAGGGAAAGCUAA